AAUUGCUGGAUCUUGAUGCAGACAUCCCCCUGCUGCUGCCAUGAGAUCUCCCUGCGUAACUGCUGCUCCGAGGACAAGGUUCAUCCAAAACAAGCUGGUCACCCAGCUUAAUUUAUUUUCAAAUGUAUUAAAACUUUUUAACAGUCACUACUGAGUGCCUUUCUGUGAAAUCUAUAAAACCAGCAGCAACCACGUGCUUCUUUCACUCAGCACAUUCCCUACGUUACUUGCAACCCUCUUGCAGGAAUCCAGGAUUAAUAUUUUCAGUGAAGUUUGUUUCAAACCAGUCCUUGGGAGGAUCUUCUCUGUGCUCAGGGAUCCGCACUGCUCCAGAUAGGGCACCUGAAGGAAGGGGUGCCUGGUGGGGCAGACACCAGGGAAUGGCUGUCCAUGAACAGCUGUGGAAGAGCCCCAAUGGCUUGAUAAUUCAAAUAUCUCUCCACUUCUUUAGCUGCCGGAGCCAAGGCAGAGCACUGAUGAGAAGGUGCUGCAGGUGGGAUGGGGCCGGCAAGGGCACAGAGCAGAAGGCUGCCGACUGGGAGCAGGACAGAGGUUACUGCACCCGUGGCGGGUGUCCCUGGAAAGCCUGGCCCUCGCCGGAGGGUGUGUCCUCAAGGCCAGAGGAUGGGAAUCCUGUUCCCUCUGCCUUUUCCCCUUUAACCACACUUCCGUGUGUAACUUGAGACAAGCAGGGGAAGAAAGAAGAGGAAGGGGAAAAAAAAAAGAGAAAGGGAAAAAUAGCGCAGUUAUUCCCGCCUCCGCCUCCUCCUCUCUCUCCUCCCCGGCCAGCCAGGAGCCACGUCACCGUCACCCAGCGCUGGCUUCGGGGCUGCUCAGCCUGGAGAGCUCUCCGGGACACUAACUCCAACUUCUAGCCCAAAGCAGAGAGAGGAAGGCCCUGGGCUGGGAGAGGGAGAAUCCCCCUCGGUGGGAAAGUAAACAAGCGAGACAUCCAGCCUGGCGGGGGAAAGGCAUCUGCAGCCACGGGGCGGGGGAGACUGAACUUUGUGCUACGAGAAGGAAGAGCUCCGUGCUCAGGGGAAAAGGAAAGCUGAGCAGAAGGAGACCGUUCAUUCAGCCGAGGAUCGGCGGAGAAAAACUUCCCGCCCUCGCCCUCCCUGCCUGCAGAAAGAGGCCCACUCCCUCCAUCCCAGAGGAGUGCCCCCGGCACCAUGAACAUCUUCCGCAUCCUGGGGGAUGUCUCCCACUUGCUGGCCAUCAUUAUUCUCCUGCUGAAGAUUGUGAAGUCCAAGUCCUGUGCUGGAAUCUCUGGGAAGAGCCAGAUACUUUUUGCCCUUGUCUUCACAACCCGCUACCUGGACCUGUUCACGAAUUUCAUCUCUGUCUACAACACUGUGAUGAAGGUCAUUUUUUUGAUUUGUGCUUACGUCACCGUGUAUAUGAUCUACGUGAAAUUCCGGAAAACAUUUGACAGUGAGAACGACUCCUUUCGCCUCGAGUUCCUGCUGGUCCCUGUCACAGGCCUGUCAUUUCUGGAGAACCAUAGCUUCACCCCCUUGGAGAUACUCUGGACCUUCUCCAUCUACCUGGAGUCCGUGGCUAUCCUUCCUCAGCUCUUCAUGAUCAGCAAGACAGGGGAAGCAGAGACCAUCACGACACACUACCUUUUCUUCCUGGGCCUCUACCGUGCCCUCUACAUUGCCAACUGGGUCUGGCGCUACCACACAGAGAAUUUCUAUGACCAGAUCGCUGUCGUUUCCGGGGUGGUACAAACCAUCUUCUACUGCGACUUCUUCUAUCUCUACGUCACCAAAGUCCUAAAAGGAAAGAAGCUAAGUCUUCCCAUGCCUGUUUGAAGACAUCCCACAGGUAGCGCAAGAAAUUCCAGUGAUGAAGCUGUUUAAGAUCACAGCUUUUCUCCCCUGGCCCUUUUUGACUAACGGAUGGCUCAGCUGAGUUUCAAUCCAGUGCCAGGAAGACAGAAGAAUGCUUGUCAUCCAUCAGACUCUUCCCCUCCAUUUUUUUAUUUCUUCUCACUUGAAUUUGGUGCUAGUACUGGCCAAUACUGGCAAAUACUGAAGUAGUGCAAUUUCUUCUCUCCCAGCUCUUCCCAGCAUCUACAUUCAAAACACACCUCCACCCUGACCUGAGGCAGCACAAGGGAAAAUGUCACUCCCACUAGUCCUCCAGCAAGUGCCCAUGGUAAAGAGAACAUGUAACACACUUUAUUAAAGUGUGUUAACUUAACUGACCCAUUUCACAGGCGGCCAUGUCUGACACAGCAGAUGCUACAAACUGUUACUUUAACUCUGCCUGAACUAACACCCUCUUGAAAAUUAAUUCUACCUGACCCCUCUCUCUAUCCAGGCCCUGUACCAUUCAAGAAAAACACAUUGCCUUUGAAUAACGUGAAUCUUAGAAUUCCACAAGCAUUCAAACAUCCUUCCCGCUCACUUAUUUUCAGUUUCCUUAUGUUCUACAAACAGGGACAAUUUCAAUUACAAUUCAGGCAGUUGCCAAGAAGUGUUUCCACCUCCCCAAAUUUGACUUCUAAGAACUGGGAAGAACAGGGGCAAAGACAGCUUUUACAUUCCAAAAAUAAAGACAAAGUUCACAAUUUAUUGACAACAGUGUUUUUAUUUAUACCUACAAAAGAAAACAAGAUGGUAUCAAAAGGACAAUUUACAAACUAAGAAUAGUAACAUAGCUCUUAGUAUCCUGUGCCUCAACACCACAGAUCUAUGAAUCUCUCAAUUCAAGUCUUCAUUAAUACAACAGGAAUGUGUUCAGAGACCAGCAGGUGUGUGAAACAAGAUGCUGAUCCCACACAAAGCUAGUAACUCUUCCAUUGUUCAGAGAAAUCCAAACAGUAAAUUGCUUCAGGAAGUGGGAGGGGAGGAGACACCCAGCUCAGAUAUUUGACACUCCCACAAACUUUUUACAGAUUGAAAACAAAGCAAACAACACUAGAGGCUAAUUAAUGCUUUAUCAACAAGGGCCCUCCAGCUGGUACAUGGAGCAGAGCAGAGAGCACCAGGUGGGACAGGGGCAGCACAUGCCACGGUGCAUUCAGCGGUCUGGUUGACACUCUGAACUGAACCGAGACCCUGGACUUCAGCUGACCUCAACGGCAACACAGCACUGCAAGACUCGGCAUCGAUGUUUAAACACGCACAAGUCACCCCCAAAAGUGAAAGCUGUAACGGACUAUAAGGCAGCUUUGGCGGUCCAGAGACCCUUUUUAAAGCCAGUGAGAUGUCCUACUCCUACACCCCUCCAAUGCAUUUCUGCAUUCUAGUCUCAAAAAAAGAAGAAAAAAAAGUUCUACAUUUGCUUGUGAGGGAGGCCAAAGACCUAUCAGUCAGUGCCUGAAUAAACAAAAUAUUUCUGGCUUUCACUUAACACAAGCAAAGGAACUUCCUGCCCAUGCACUGGAAAUAUAAAAUGGAACCAGGGAACUGAGGUUCUGGGAAGGAAUCUCCCUUCUCCCUGUCAGCAACCUACCUGUGUACUGCACAAAAAAAAGGAAAAAAAAAAAAAAAAAA